AUGAACAGAAUAUUCGGCUCAGGACGGGCCAAGCCCAAACCCUCUCUCACAGACGCAAUCGGCUCGACGGAAACACGCAUCUCAUCCCUAGAAGUCAAGCUCAAAAAACUCGAUGCCGAACUUGGAGUCUUCAAGGGCCAGAUGUCCAAGAUGCGCGAAGGGCCAGGGAAAGCUGCGGUGCAACAGAGAGCGCUCAGAGUGCUCAAGCAGAAGAAGAUGUAUGAGGGGCAGCUGGGGCAGCUACAGCAGCAGACGUUCAAUAUGGAGCAGGCUGCUAUGACGACUGAGAAUCUCAAGAAUACGAUGGCCACCGUCGAUGCGAUGAAGGUCGCCAACAAAGAGAUGAAGAAACAGUAUAAAGGCAUCGACAUUGACAAGAUCGAAAACAUUCACUACGAUAUGGAAGACCUCAUCGACCAAGCCAAUGAAAUCCAAGAAUCUCUAGGCAGGAGUUACGGUGUUCCCGACGAAGUAGACGAAGCCGAUCUUAUGGCCGAACUUGAUGCCAUAGGCCUCGAUGAUGAACCUAUUGGCGAUAACGAGACGCCUAGCUACUUGUCCGAUGCCCAGACUUUGCCUGAUUUCGUCGACUCUGCCCCUCUGGAAGACUUUGUGAGUUUCUGA